AUGUCUAAAACAAUUUGCAUUUCCCUCAACAGACCCUCGGGUGAUCCUAUUUCUAUUCGAACCCCGAUCCUCCAGCCUAGCCCACCACCAACUCUUCCCCCUUUUUUUUUCUUCCUCCAACCUUUCCCCCCAACUUCGCCACUCCAUUCUCUUACUCAUUGCUUCCACUAUAGUCGAUUCUCCUUGCUCACUAGUUAUUCUUUCUUAACUUUUAUUUCUUCUGUCGCCACUUCUGCCUUUUCAUCCUAUCUUUAUUUUUGCCUUCUUUUCGUUACCUUUUCAUUAUUUCUAGUGGUCGUUUCGUCUUUGAUUCUUUUGUCUAAAGAUUUUCUUUUCUUUUUUUCUUUUCUUUGCUUUCUUUUCUUUUCUUUCUUUCUUUCUUUCUUUCUUUCUUUCUUUCUUUCUUAUGACCGUUUCAUUCAUCUUUCCGUCCUCCCAAAACCCGUCAUUUAUCACCCAAGCGCACUGCACAUUUUGUGUGUCCAUCUCCUUAAUUCUAAUAAACGUUGCUGUCAUCUAACCCUUCAUCAUCUUCCCCGCUCAACGUCCGAUGAUCCCAUCGCAUCAUCACCCUUAAUGAUCACUCAUCACAGCCAAGAACCCCAUCACCACCGACAACGUAAAACCGUUCAGUCUGUCUAUCUAUCUAUCUAUCUAUCUAUCUAUCUAUCUAUCUAUCUAUCCCAGUUUUUAAUUUUUCCUACAUCUGUCUCUCUCUCUCUGUCUAACCUUGUUUUUUCAUCGCCCCUAUCUAUCUAUCUAUCUAUCUAUCUAUCUAUCUAUCUAUCUAUCUAUCCGAAGUGCUAUCCAAAAGUUCCGGGAUUUGUCACCGCACCUUGGAAUAUACUAUUUUAUUUUAUUAUUAAUAAUUCUAUCUAUCUAUCUAUCUAUCUAUCUAUCUAUCUAUCUAUCUAUCUAUCUAUCUAUCUGUGCACUUGCGCGCGCCCGGAAACCAACGGAAACGAAGCAAAAAGAAAUUUCUUUCUUUCUUUCUUUCUUUCUAUCUAUCUGUCGUUUGUUCAAAUCUAUCUAUCUAUCUAUCUAUCUCAGAUUUCUAAUCUUUCCCUUCCUCUCUCUCUCUAA